UGACUAGACCAAAAACUGAGGACAAAACAAUGUCCACAUGACCCUAUUUUCCUCACUCUCACCUCAAAUUCCUGUGACACAAACACUUGUCCUCCUUACUCACCUUAUGCUCAACCCUAUCUUCCUUCUUCCCCAUCUUAAACUUUUCUAUUCUCUCAUUCCAAGACUUUUUCUUUGAUCCAUUUCCAUUUUUCCUUUCAAUCUUUCACAGCUUCACCACCAAGGAAACCAAACCCUUUGAGCCUCUAACUCCUUUCUCCAUCUCUCUCUCUCUCAUUGUUUCUCACCCAAUGUCAGGUGGAGUUGGUCCAACUAGUGACAUUAGCCUUCCCAAAGAACAAGAACAGGACCCCAAAUCUCAAAAGAACCAAACCCAACAAAGCACCACUAACCGGAAACCGGGUUCAUUCUCCUUCCGGCAGCUCAAUGCCCUCGCCGUCAUUGUUGUCCUCUCAGCCAGUGGCAUGGUAAGCCCUCAAGACCUAGCCUUUGUUCUCUUCUCCAUUGCAUACAUGUACUUCAUCUCCAAAGUUGCCUUCCCCAUCCAAUCUUCCAUUAAAGACCCUGCAGUCUUCGGCCCCCAAAACAAGAUCCUACGCCUCUACGUCCUCUUGGGUGCCAUCAUAGGCCUAGUGCUCCCCAUAGCUUACAUAUUCGAGGGCAUUUUCGAGAGUGACAAGCAAGGAAUCAGCGCAGCCUCGCCACACGUGUUCCUUCUUGCAAGCCAAGUCUUCAUGGAAGGGUUGGCUUUCUCUGACCAGUUUUCGACACCAAUACGCGUUUUCGUGCCGGUUUUCUACAACUCCAGGAGGAUUUUCACCAUUGUGGAGUGGCUUACAAGUGAGUUUUCAAAAGACUACGCAGAGUAUGGUGGAUCUGCCAAGAGAUUGUACCUUGGCAGAGCUCUUGCUAUUGCUAAUAUGGCUUUCUGGAGCUUCAAUCUUUUUGGGUUCUUAUUGCCAGUAUAUCUUCCUAGAGCUUUCAAGAAAUAUUACUCUACACAUAAAGUGAAAGAAUACUGA